AUGACUCAAACCUCCAUCACUUCAAACGCUUUCAUCGCUCCGGUCUUUCCGCGGUUCUCCCCUCUCUCCACCUCAAAGCGCCGCCCCCGCGGACCCUCCCCCUUCCCGACUACCCGUCAUACCCUUGUUCCACGCAAACCCUGCCUCUGCCGCAUGUGCGACACACAGCUACCCAACCCGCGUCCUGCCCGCCUUCUGUACCAGAAAAGCCUCACCAACCCCGAGUCAAUCGUCCUCCGCGACCACCAACACGACCACGAUGUCCUCCUCGCCUCCAAGGGCAUCCGCACUGUCAAGGAGAUGACGGCCGCCAUACAGCACCUCCGCCAGCAGCGCCUCUCCUUACUCCUCGCAGACCUUGUCGCCCGCAUCAGAUGCGAAAAGCCCCUCUCCGUCGGAACCGCCCCGCUCUACGACCUCCUGCGCCACACUGACAACCUUUCCGAAGCCGUGCUCACCGAUGACGCCCACGAAAACCAUGACCUUCGCGCCGAAAUUCGCUCCAUGCUCUGGGAACUCCGCACCGUCCUCGACCCACUCAAUCCCUCGGAGGCCCUACGCACCAGUCUCGAAGUCGCUCGCUCUAGCUUUCUAGACAUCCCUGGUCGUGUCAAUGCCAACUCGGAAGGGCCCUCCGCCCCGAGAGAUGAGGCUCUCGUUCGCAGCGAGAUGUACGCCUUGAUGGUGACAAACGUCCUGCUGGAGGAACUCCGUUCCUUACGUGUACUUGAACGCCAGCUCAACGACGUCGUUGUCCGCCUCUACCCGAAUCGCGUAGAGCCUCAGCUUUCCGUCGCUUCUGAUGCCUCUGCUUUGUUGGGCAUAGACGAUUAUCGAGUUCGCGGGAAGAUGAGACUGGCUGAUGCUGUUUUAGAUCUCCGCAAAGCCUUGCGCCGAGAAGUUGGUCGUCCGCUUCUGCCCGAAAUCAACGACGCCAUCAACGUUUUGCACAAUGCCCUCAUCAAGUCUCUCCAUACGGAUCUGUCAGUGCGACAACCCGCUGGGGAGGCCAUGCUUCUACGCCCGAGAAUGGAUGACAUUCCAAAUUUUGCUGUCGUAAGCCAGAGCAUAUUAAGGGGGGGUCAGCCGAGCUCACGUGGGUUAAAAUGGCUAGCAAACUACGGUGUGAAGUUGGUUGUCGACCUUCGGGGUUCAGAUCGCGAGAAUCAGUGGGAAAUGCCAAAGUGCCGACUGCUGACCGAGCCAAGUACCAAAAGUAACGGAUGCGCCCAUCAGAAUGUUGAUGGCGGCUCAGCGAUGCGCUUCUGUAACAUUGCAGUCGAGGAUUUCAACACCCCAACGAUGGAGCAAGUGUACGAGUUUAUCGAGCUAACCAAAUUUGUCGAUAGGCAAAACGGAGUCUUGUUUGUUCAUUGCAAAGCGGGCAUCGGUCGAACCGGGACUCUCAUCGCCUGCUGGCGGAUUUUUCAAGGCGAGCCUAUCGAUAUCGCGCUUGCGAAAGAACGUCUCUACUGUGAAGGUGGUGGAGGAUUGCGGCAGGAGAAUUUCGUCCGUGAUUUUGCAGUCCUCCAUGCAAGCAGGAAUAGUACGCCUUGAGCACUCGGUGAACUCGCAGGUUUUUUGCGACCUACACCUGCUUGUUUUUGGAUUGUUUGAGGUUCAGGACCGUCAGAGAUUGGGCGCCCUUUUCCUAUGAAAAUCGCGGCAGCAACACAUAUUACCUCUGCAAUUCUCUUCAUUUCAGUUACGUCAAACCCUCGAUCCAAGUUGCGGGGAAUCAUAGAGUUGCACCAUAGAGGGUUCCUUUGCCAGAUGCACGUUCACACACAUGCAAAGAAAUAAUUUUUGCAUUCAUGACGAAGUGCAGCCAUACUUGCAAAGCGUUCCUGGUAUAUCUCCGUGGAAGUCUGACAAAUCUCCGGGAUUAAUCGAUAGCACUCUACGAAAAAGCGACGCUCGGGACCGCUGGUCACUGAGAGGUGCGUGGUUGUUGUGACCUCUCGAUGCAUUCCUAACCUUUGAAGUCUGUCGUCCUUUUCACACCAAGUAAAUUGGAUGGCCAUAGGAAA